UAGAAAGCGAUUGAACAGCGAGUGCCAUUCUGGAGGCAGCGUAAAGACUUUGUGGUAAACGUCAAAAAGCAAGAGGCAGGAUAGUUGGCGGUAGUCAUCUGGUCAAAGUGGAAGGCGAGGAGCAGAUACAGUAGCAAGCGGAUCGCAGAAGUUGUGCGUCAGGAAAAGGCGAAGACACGGGCUUCAGGAGGCUAGUCAAAGCGAAAGAAGGAAGCGAUAUUUUGCACGAAAGCAUCGGCAGUCCGAGGCCUGAUAAAUCUGGAAAAGUGUUUGGAAGCGACGGGCAGAACAUUCUGGAGGAGAAGUGGUGACGGGAAGACCAUUCUGGAGGAGUAUUGGUGACGCCGAGAAUAUUUUUGAAGCAGUCUUAGUGAUUCCGCCAAUAUUAUGAAUCAGUAUUAGUGAUGCAGCCAAUAUUCUGAAGCAGUAUUGGUGACGACGAGAAAAAUUUUGAAACUGUAUUGGCGACGACAAGAACAUUUCGAUCAGUAUAGGUGACACGGCGAAAAGACAUUUCUGGUGAGGCAGCGAGACAAAUCCUGAGCUGUAUUGGUGACACGGCGAGAAGACAUUUCUGGUGAGGUAGCGGUACAAAAAUUAAAAGUUGUAUUGCUGGGCUGGCGAAAGAAAACGGUUGAAGAAAUAUUGUUCGCCAAGCAGGUCGUCUCUAACUUGCAUCGCAAAAAGAUUGGACACAAGCGCAUGUUAGUCAGUUACACUCGCGACUCCUCCUUGACUGAGGUCAAGACGCUUCGUUGCCAGGUCGCGGGGCUCCUAAAGGAUGUCCCCUACUAUGCACUCCCCAUGUAUAAGUUCAGAGAGCUCUUUCAGUCCCGCUUUAAAACCUCAAUCAGUGUUCUCGACUUGUAUAAAAUGCAGGACAUAUGUACCAUCAAUUCAGACAUCAAUGAGGAUAAGUUCAUCAGUUUAAAGCCGGAACUAGUGAACACCCUCGAGAGCUCACCGUUAAUGGAAGGUCUUCAACACAGCGUUCCCUACUGUAGUAUUCAUCUUAAGAGAGAGCAACACAAGGGAUGGGCUGAGCAGGAAAUCGAACCGUUGCCAAAUGUUCACAUGACCAUUUCGGAGAUUCAGAAACUGAUCUACCCGCUGCUGAGGGUGCAUCCGGGAGACAUUCCAGUGGCUACCCUACUUCACUGCAUUAAAGGGCAGCUUAAAGCUUCAAUAGUGCCGAAUGAAAGCGGUGUCAACUUGGAGCAUUUGGUUUGCUGUGUCCAAGGAAUUCAGAUUCAGAUCAAUAACUUUGGUAUUAAAAUUCUAGGCUGGUUGGAGCUAAGCAAGGAUAUACCCUUGCAAGAUACUGGCAGCUCAAAUGCAAAUAGCCUGAACGUCAGUGACCGUGCUAAUUGUUCGGGAGGAAGCUACUUCAAAAAUUCUGUUGCCGAUCCGCUUUUUCAAAUCUCCCGCGAGGUAAUCGAGUUGGUGAAGAUGUCGCCAAAGUCCACUAUGAAGUUUAAUCGCUUUAUUCCGGCCUAUCACAAUCACUUUGGAAAACAAUGUAGAGUGGCAGACUACGGAUAUACAAAGCUAAUCGAACUCUUUGAGGCAUUAUCUUCUGUGGUGCAGAUCAUGGGAGACGGCGAAAAUCGACAGAUCACGCUGACUCAUCGCACUCAAAUACUUAGGUUCACCUCAGAUCUAUUGCGUGUUCUUCGGGCUUACGGUAACAAUUCUGUGCUGCUUUCUCAGUUGCCGGGAAUUUUUUCUCAAGCCCAAAAUCGGAGUUUCGACGUCACGGAUUAUGGAGUGUGCGACAUUGCAGACAUCCUAGAUGGCCUGGUGAACUCGAACAUCGUCGUUCUAAGCAAUGUACAGCACGGAAAAGAUAUUCUUAUAUCAAUGCCAAAACGCAAGCAGACUAGCAGUGAAUUGGAGAAAACAAGUGUGUUUGCCGGUGAAAUGGUAGAGCUCUUAAAGAAUUCCCUUCAGUACUCUGUUCAGUUCCAAAAGUUUGUACGAUCCUACCAUUAUCACUUCGCCUACCAAUGUCGUCUCAGUGACUACGGCUUCCUUAAGUUGGCAGACCUUAUGGAUGCUAUUCACGGCUUAGUGGAGAUAGAGUUGACCAACGAUGAAGACAAGAAAAUAAUACUCUCACCAAAAGUGGCUAGACGUGUGUUUGGUGAGCAAUGUGAGGAUCUUAUACGUAGCGUUACUGGCAAUGCAACACACUGUAUGAAGCUAGAUCAGGUGUUAAUGCUACACAAAAAGAAAUAUGGCUACCAGAUUCAACCUCAGACUCUGGGAGUCUCGGAUAUGGCUACGGCAGUUAAGCUGUUGCCCUACGUUGAGUUAAAGCAGAAAGAUCAGACAAUUUGGCUUAUCUGUCACAAUAACGACUUAGAGUUUCGCCUUCUUUGCUAUAGAGCAUGUAAGUAUCUCGUUCAGCGGGACCUUUCGGCAUCGGUUCUGUCACCAGCAACAAAUUAUGCCAAUUUAGGAACUCAAUCUUCAUUAUUACCAAGGGCUUCUCAGAAGACUCAAUUUAUAAGCGAGUUUAAUGCUAAGCUCAAAAUCCAGAUCACGGAGCAGGCUCUUUUAGCCAUGCGACAUGCAAUUAAGAUUUAUAAUAGCGCCGGCGUACAGUAUGUUCGCCUAACCGGAUUUAUGAGGCUGUUAAUUGCCAUUGUGUGUAUGCUAGAACAGCGGCCAAGCAUGUAUCUAUGCGACAUCAAAAACGCUUUGGACACUGACUUCGCUUCUUUUUUUGAGUUUGGAUUCCCCAAUCUCUAUUCAGUGAUUGCAGCACACGAAGACAUAUUUACGGUAAACAAUGGACCAACCCAGGAACGGAGCGAUGUUUCUCUGAAUCCUAACUGCGAAUUGCGUCAGAUUUCAUUAAUAAAUCAACACUUGGGUGGCCUCGCAAAGAUGUCAAAUAUAAAGCACAUAGCACAAGGCAGCUUCCGUACUCCCAUAGACGAGCAUAACAACCUCCUACCUACGCAGUCCCUACAAAGUAGCCUAUCAAUGGCCAACGAUUAUGCGAAGACCGUUGUCAAUGCGUGCAACUUUAAGUUUAAUAACUUUCAAUUUUAUGACGAUCUUUUUGCGACGGAUAAUUACAUCAUUCCACCGCUGGCCAAUUCUUUUAUUGACUCAUCAUUGCUCAACAGUUUCGGGUCAGCUCUUGAAAGCGGUAGUUUGUGUAAAAGUUUCUGCAACAAAGAGAACUCGAUGAACUCAUCGAGUCAAUUAUUAAACAGUUCAUUAAACUCGUCUAACGAGCUGAAUGUCAGUCUCGGAGCAGUAGAUUUGGCCAAUGUAACCUCCAGUACAGCCAUCUCAUCGGAUACUUUAUAUGAUCACUCAUCGUUCAAACUUUGUCAUAGACGUAAUUCAUGCUUUAAUAAGCUUUGUAAAAACAUGCCGAUUCAUUUGGAUAGUGACACUGACGAAACCUGCAAUUUGGUCAGCGUACCGUCAAUAGGAUCUAUUUAUGACCCUCUGAAAAAUGAAAUGCCAACAACAAAGAAACUACCUUUUUGGAAUGAUCCCAUUUGGAGCGCACGAUCGGAUCAGCCAAGGCACAAUAUUCUCAACAUACGACUACCUGAGCUUAAAACAAAUAAUAUGUUCCCUAUACUGCUUUCCCCCUAUAUAAAGAGGAAGCUGUUCAAUUUUGAAAAUCAUGUUCGUAAAAUUGCCUAAUGCAGUAUGUACUUUCUUUAUUUGUAUCGAUUUUGGCUAAUUCUAAUUCCAUACUCUACCGUAUUCGAAUAGCAACAUGAAAAUAAGAGAGCGCCUUGCGAUAAUUUUCUAGAUGAUUACAUUUGUUAAAUUAUACAUUUUAUAUAAUAUCAGCCAAAAUAAAUCUGUUUAUUUGUAUUGUAA